GUAUCUGAGAGCAGCCCACCUUCAACUUCUGCGGAGCGCUCGGAGCGCCAACCGCGAAGGGAGUUUACGGAGGAAGAGAAGGCCAAGAUUGCAUCGCUCUCUGGACGUGUUCGGGAUGAGGGGGCCAAACAACUUCUGGCCAAACAACUGCAGGGACUUGGCGUUGGAAAUGAGUUCAUGAACCUGACAACUGGGGCCAUAAAGACAAGGAAACCCAAGAAAGAGAAGACUCCGGAGGAAGAAGCCAUGGUGGAAAUGAAAAAGAUGCAGAAAAAGUGGAAGAGCCUUCUCAAUGACCUUGACUAUGCCAUCAACGGCUUAUUCGAGUAUGAGGUGAGGAACUGCAAGGAAUUGGUGGCGGCCCUCGAGAACCACAGGCCACAUGCAGAAAAAUGUUUUGACAAUGUUGAUGCAAAGGCGUCUGUUCUUCUGUCGGAAGUUGAUGCACUGGAAUUCACUAGCUUCUUGGAAGAGCAAAAGCAUCAGGCACAGCCGAUUGAAGUCGAUGUGCGAGACGCCAAGCGUCGUAUUACUGUUGCAAAAGGCCCCAAGAAAAAGACACCGCAGCCCCCUGUAGAGAGUGAAGCGGAAUCGGAGUAG